CCAACACUCAGGGACCGUGAAGAGCCAAACUAACCAAAGGUGACGCCACGUCUUCGUGAUGCUCAGAUCUGAGGUUUUCUGUGAGCUGCUUUGAAUCUUUUCUCCCCCCAUGCUCGCUGCUCUUAGAAUUACCUGUGGUUUUGUUUCUCCUUCCCUAGAAAAUGUCAAGUCCUUGCACAUGACCGCUCACGCGCAGGUCUCUGUGUGCUCUGGUCUAGGUGGGCGGAUAGAGGUGUGAUUCUGCUGAGGGUGAGGCCUCCUCACCGUCUCCGGGUCACCAUGAAUGCCAUCGUCGCGCUCUGUCACUUCUGCGAGCUCCACGGCCCCCGCACUCUGUUCUGCACGGAGGUUCUUCACGCACCCCUGCCGCAGGCUGCUGGGAGUGGGGACAGCCCUGGCCAGGGCGAGCAGGCCGAGGAGGAGGAGGGUGGCAUCCAGAUGAGCAGCCGGGUCCACGCCCACAGCCCAGCUGAAGGGGCCAGUGCCGAGUCUAGCAGCCCAGGGCCCAAAAAGUCGGACAUGUGCGAGGGCUGCCGGUCACUGGCUGCAGGGCACCCAGGCUACAUCAGCCAUGAUAAAGAGACCUCAAUUAAGUACGUCAGUCACCAGCACCCCAACCACCCACAGCUCUUCAGCAUUGUCCGCCAGGCCUGCGUCCGGAGCCUGAGCUGCGAGGUGUGCCCUGGCCGUGAAGGGCCCAUCUUCUUCGGGGAUGAGCAGCAUGGUUUUGUGUUCAGCCACACCUUCUUCAUCAAAGACAGCCUGGCCAGGGGCUUCCAGCGCUGGUACAGCAUCAUUGCCAUCAUGAUGGACCGGAUUUACCUCAUCAAUUCCUGGCCCUUCCUGCUCGGGAAGAUCCGAGGGAUCAUCGAUGAGCUCCAGGGCAAGGCCCUCAAGGUGUUUGAGGCGGAGCAGUUUGGGUGCCCCCAGCGUGCUCAGAGGAUGAACACCGCAUUCACACCCUUUCUGCACCAGAGGAACGGCAACGCGGCCCGCUCGCUCACCUCCCUGACCAGCGAUGACAACUUGUGGGCCUGUCUGCACACCUCCUUUGCCUGGCUCCUGAAAGCGUGCGGCAGUCGACUGACAGAAAAGCUGCUGGAGGGCGCGCCCACAGAGGACACCCUGGUGCAGAUGGAGAAGCUCGCCGACUUGGAAGAAGAAUCAGAAAGCUGGGACAACUCUGAGGCUGAAGAAGAGGAGAAGGCAUCUGUAUUGCCCGAUAGUACAGAGGGGCGGGAGCUGACCAAAUGUCUGACAGAUUCGUCCUUACUGUCAGACUGUGGAAGCUGGCAGCCUCGGAAGCUGUCGGUGUUCAAAUCCCUUCGGCACAUGAGACAGGUGCUGGGGGUCCCAUCGUUCCGCAUGCUGGCCUGGCAUGUUCUCAUGGGGAACCAGGUGAUCUGGAAAAGCAGAGAUGUGGACCUGGUGCAGUCCGCCUUUGAAGUUCUGAGGACCAUGCUGCCUGUAGGCUGCGUGCGCAUCAUCCCAUACAGCAGCCAGUACGAGGAGGCCUACCGGUGCAACUUCCUGGGGCUCAGCCCGAAUGUGCAGGUGCCCGCCCACGUGCUGUCCUCAGAGUUUGCAGUCGUUGUGGAGGUCCACCCGGCCGCACGCUCCACCCUCCAUCCCGUCGGGUGCGAGGAUGACCAGUCUCUCAGCAAGUACGAGUUUGUGGUGACCAGCGGGAGCCCCGUGGCUGCAGACCGAGUUGGCCCCACCAUCCUGAAUAAGAUUGAAGCAGCCCUGACCAACCAGAACCUGUCUGUGGACGUGGUGGACCAGUGCCUCGUCUGCCUCAAGGAGGAGUGGAUGAACAAAGUGAAAGUCCUCUUUAAAUUCACCAAGGUGGACAGUCGGCCCAAGGAGGACACACAGAAGCUCCUGAGCGUCCUCGGUGCAUCUGAGGAGGACAAUGUCAAGCUGUUGAAGUUCUGGAUGACAGGCCUAAGCAAGACCUACAAGUCCCACCUCAUGUCCACAGUCCGCAGCCCCAUUGCCUCUGAGUCUCGUAACUGACCCCAUCCAGUUCUGUCUCCGUGUGUGCUUCCUGGGGAAGAUGCUGGCAGUGCACAGGCUCUGCAAGAGAUUGGGCUGCUGCUGAGUUUCUGGACGGCUGGGUCGGGGUCUGAGAUGGGAGGUGCUGGGCUGGGCUCUGCCCUGUGGGGGUCAGGGCCUGUGCGUUCUUAGCAGGUUCCAUAGCUGUCAGCCUGCCUGAAAAGGCAGUGGAGACCAUGGACAGCUGUGGGAGGGGCACUCGGGAGCCUGGACUGCUGUGCCUCUGGGAUGCAGUCUCAGAACCGACCGGAGGACUUGGGUGUUCGGGCUGCAGUAACCUGUCCUCUCAGGGUCAGCAUGUGAACCUUUUCAUUUUGAAAUGCAGCAAGUUUCCUGGACUUCGUGUUUAAGUGUAUGUUUUGCUGUUUGUAAAUAUCGAGGACAUACUCCCAUCCAGUCGGUUUUUCAUCUGCUUUUAGGUUAGGGCCCUGUAAAGGCUUUUUUGGAGAUGAAGUGGCUGUUCUCAUCACUGGGGCCUCUGAAAUUUGUGUUCUGAGGCAGCGUGGCGCACCUUGUGGGUGCACUGCGCUGCGCUGCUGUGCAGUUAACCUGCGGUUGAACGAUGCAGCCCUCGGCUCUUCACACAAAUGCGCCUCGGCUGAGGCACCUGGUGGCCCUGAUUUGACCAACUCGUAGACAGUGAGACCCGUCAUUGCUGCGUGCUGAGUCACUUGCCCCUGUGUCGUGGCUUUCAGCAUUGACGUGGGGACAGAUGACAUCACCCCAUUGUACAGUUUUGACAAAGAGUCAUGGCUUGGGAGGAUUUUUGGCAGUUUUCCCAAUUUGUUUGUAGUUUUUUUAUGUUCGUUUAAUUUAUAUUUAACACAAAGACUUAAGUGUAUUGUGACUGUCUGUAUAAUACAAGCGCAUUGAAACACAGUAAAUAAUCUAUUUUUGUAA